AUGAGCGAUGCCCAAGACCCGGCCACAGUCCCUGGAGCUGGCACCCAGGUGAAGCUGAGGGGCUGGAGCCGUCAAGGUGAGGGUGAUGAGUCUUCCCACCUCCGCAGACACCAGGAGCUCCAGGCCUUCCUCCACCUUCUGGAGCACAGUUUCCUCCAGGAUUUCCUCUCCAAAGAUCCCUGUUUCCAGAUUUCAGACAAGUACCUCCUGUCCAUGGUGCUUGUCUACUUCCGGCGUGCCAACCUGCAGCUCAGCGAGUACACCCACAGCAAUCUGUUCCUGGCACUGUACCUUGCAAAUGACAUGGAGGAAGACCUGGAGGACCCCAAAAGCGUGAUUUUUCCGUGGGCCCUGGGCCAAGAUUGGCGUCAUCAAGUGUCAGACUUCCUGCAUCAGAGGGACAAGCUGUGGGCACGGAUGGGCUUCAGGGCUGUUGUGAGACGUCAGAGCUGCGAAGAGGUCAUGGCCAAGGAGCCGACGCACUGGGCCUGGACUCGGGAGCGGCACCCCCACCAUGGCAGGGCUCAAAGGAGCUUCCCAAAGGCCCAGAUCCCCCUCCCCCGGGGCCCCGGCCUCUCGCCACCCCACUGUUCUCUUUGUGCCUUGCCCCCUCAUCACAGGCUCUGCUGCCUGCGCCCCUUGCCUGUCUUAUCCAAGUGCCUUUCCUACAAUGCUGAGUGGCAGCGCCCUUCAUCCCAAGCUUGGCCCUGGCGUAGGGGCUUCCUCAUUGUCCUGCCCACCCAGCUGCCGCUGGAGCCAGGCACCUACACCCUCCACAGCCUCCCUGUCCAUCACCAACUCCCGUAG